AUGGGAUCUCUCCCCCCCCAGGGUGUGGAGUUCUUCGAUGAGAAGCUCAACUCGCUCUGCAUGGCCUGGCUGGUCGACCACGUGUACGCCAUCCGGGAGGCAGCCACCAGUAACCUACGGAAGCUGGUGGAACGCUUCGGACCGGGCUGGGCGCAGGGAACCAUCGUACCCAAGGUGCUGGCCAUGGCCGGGGACCCCAACUACCUGCACCGCAUGACCACGCUCUUCUGCAUCAACGUGCUCUCCGAGGUGUGUGGGCCCGAGCUGACGGCUCAGCAGCUGCUGCCCACGGUGCUGCGCAUGGCGGGGGACGCCAUGGCCAACGUCCGCUUCAACGUGGCCAAGAGCCUGCAGCGCCUGGGACCCGUCCUGGAUGCGGGGUAAGGCGCUAUGGGGCGCCCCAUA